GAACCGUGCCGCCCAGGGAAGAUGGCGGCUGAGCUGCAUCCCCGCAGCGGAAAGCUGAUCGGCCUGUCGAACUCCAAUCGAACCGCCCAGCGCAACCAGCCGGUCCAGGAAUUCAAUCAUGGCUUGGUUUUAAGUCGAGAGCCGCUGCGGGACCGUGAUGUCUUCACGGUUCGAAUCGACAAAAAGGUGAACUCGUGGAGCGGCUCCAUCGAAAUCGGCGUGACGGCACUGGACCCGGCAGGUCUCGACUUCCCGAGCAGCGCCACGGGUCUGAAGGGUGGCUCCUGGAUCGUGUCGGGCUGCUCGGUGCUGAUGGAUGGCCGUUCCGUGCUGGAGGAGUACGGGCGCGACUUGGACCAGCUGGGUGAGGGCGACCGUGUGGGGAUCCAGCGUAACAGCCAGGGGGAGCUGCACCUGUGGGUGAACGGGCAGGACUGUGGUGUAGCCGCCGCCGGCUUACCGCCGCGCCUCUGGGCUGUGGUUGACCUGUACGGGAAGUGCACUCAAGUCACCGUGGUCAGCUGUGAGCCACCGCCCCUCUCGGCUGAGCAAGAGGUGGAGCUCUGCAGGAAUCACGAGGACCAGGGGGUGGGGACUGUAGUUACCAUGAAUGGCACAGUGGAAGAAGUGCCUGAGCUCCCUUUGGGUCAGAGUCGACCAGACAAGUUCCCCAACACUUUAGAGCCAGACAUGGGGCUGACUGAGCAGCAGCUGUUCGACGUGUUUAACAACGCCAUCGUGUCCCUGUACCGCUCUGAGGACGAGGGGGAUGUAGGGGGCACGGUUUCGGAGCUGUCAACGACCACUAGGGGAGCUGGCGUCGGGGGAGGCGGGGUCAGCAGCAGUAGUGGAGGGCUGGCAGGGAGCAGCGACAGUGGCGGAGGGAACGGCGGUGUGGGGGGCAGCUCUGACAGCAGCCCGGCUGGAGGUGGCGGCGGGGCUGGGGCUGGGGGAGGGGGUGGGGCCAUACUCGCACUGGCGCCCACCCCUGGAGGCGUGACCACCAACGAUGCACUGCUGUUCCACGAGAAGUGCGGCACACUCAUCAAGCUGAGUAACAACAACAAGACCGCGGAGCGACGCAGACCUCUUGACGAGUUCAACAACGGCGUGGUCAUGACCAACCGGCCUCUCCGGCACAACGAGAUGUUCGAGAUACGAAUCGACAAGCUGGUGGAUAAGUGGUCGGGUUCCAUUGAGAUCGGCGUGACGACCCACAACCCAAACAACCUGGAUUACCCUGCCACCAUGACCAACCUGCGCUCAGGUACGAUUAUGAUGAGUGGUUGUGGCAUUCUCACCAAUGGAAAGGGGACCCGCAGGGAGUACUGCGAGUUCAGCCUGGACGAGCUGCAGGAGGGCGAUCACAUCGGCCUGACGCGGAAGGCGAAUGGAGCUCUUCAUUUCUACAUCAACGGGAUCGACCAAGGCGUGGCAGCUGCCCAGACGCCAACGGUGGUCUACGGGGUAGUAGACCUCUAUGGCAUGGCGGUGAAGGUCACCAUCGUCCACAAUCAUAACCACAGCGACCGGCUGCGACGGAACAACGCCAUCAUGAGGGCGCUGUCACCCGACGUGGGCCGCCCGCGCCCCGCCCUCUCCCUCACCCCCGACCCCGAUGUGCCCGAUCGCCUCCUCUUCCACCCCAACUGUGGGCAGAAGGCGGCCAUCAUUAGUGAUGGCAGGACUGCGCUUCGCCCCCACGCGACAGACGACUUCAACCAUGGCGUGGUGCUGAGCAAUCGGCCGCUGCGCUCCAACGAGGUGUUCCAGGUGCGUAUCGACAAGAUGGUGGACAAGUGGGCAGGCUCCAUCGAGAUCGGCGUCACGACGCACAACCCCGCCUACCUGCAACUGCCCUCCACCAUGACCAACCUGCGCUCAGGCACCUGGAUGAUGACGGGGAAUGGAGUCAUGCACAAUGGGACCACGAUCCUGGAUGAGUAUGGCCACAACCUGGACCGGCUGAAGGCCGGAGACACGGUGGGCGUGGUCCGAAAAGAGGAUGGCAGCUUGCACUUCUUCGUGAACGGAGUGGCACAGGGACCUGCGGCCUGGAACGUUCCGCCCAGUGUCUACGCUGUGGUGGAUCUGUACGGCCAGGCGGCCCAGGCCACCAUCAUGGAUGACAUGGCGGACCUGCCCCCCCUCCCCGACGACAGCUCAGAGGGGCCCACGGCCAUGUCCCCUGGCAGCCCAUGCUCGGUGGGCGGAGCCAACGGCGUCAACGACUUGCGCUUCCACCAGCUCCACGGCACCAACGCCGUCAUCACUAAUGGGGGGCGCACCGCACUGCGGCAGAACUGCCGCAGCGAGUUCAACGACGCCAUUGUCAUCUCCAACAGGUGCCUUCACGAUGGCGAAUUGUUUGAGAUCAUUAUUCAGAAGAUGGUGGAUCGUUGGUCAGGCUCCAUUGAAGCAGGUGUGACUGCAAUCCGUCCAGAGGAGCUGGAGUUCCCCAACACCAUGACAGAUAUAGACUACGACACUUGGAUGCUCAGCGGCACAGCCAUCAUGCAGGAUGGGAACACCAUGCGGAAUAACUACGGCUGCGACCUGGACUCUCUGGGCACGGGCUCCCGCAUCGGCAUGAUGCGCACUGCCACAGGCGACCUGCACUACUAUAUCAACGGGGUGGACCAAGGCGUGGCCUGCACUGGGCUCCCCCCAGAGGUUUACGCCGUGAUCGAUCUUUACGGCCAGUGCGUCCAGGUGUCCAUCACCAGCUCAUCUGGACCCCUGGAUAACAGCCUGUGCACCAGUAACAUUACAGAGAAAAGCUUUCCGAUCCAGUCCCCAGUGGCUGGGGUGGCUCACCGCCUGCACAGUAAGCAUGGGAAGAAUAUUGUGCUGCUUGGGGAGGGCUGCCAGGCAGUGAGAAUGGGGGGUUAUGCACACGGAAUAGUCUUCAGUGCCAAAGAGCUCAAGACCGACGAGCUCUUUGAGGUGAAGAUAGACGAGGUGGAUGAGCAGUGGUCUGGCUCCCUGCACAUUGGCCUGACCACUCUGCAACCCCAGGACCUCCCAUCCUGCCCCCUGAGCGGCUUGGCAGCCUCGCUGCCCCACCUGCGGGCCAGGGUCACGUGGCUGCUGGCCGGGUCCGAGGUGCGUCGCAACGGGGUGCUUCAGCGGCAGAACUACGGCUGCUCACUGGACCGGCUCACGGUGGGGAAUCGCGUAGGGGUCAAGCGUUGCUCUGACGACACCAUGCACAUCCUCAUCGACGGAGAAGACAUGGGCCCUGCAGCUACCGCCGUAUCCAAGAACGUGUUCGCAGUGCUGGACCUGUACGGACGGGUUACCGCGAUCUCCAUCGUCAGCUCCACCGUGCUGGAGGACAUGGAGUGCACCAAGGCCCUCUCACUGUCCUCGGACAGCUGCAGCGAGGGCGAGGACGACGGCUCUCCGUGUGAAAAUGAGGUCCCGCUGGCGCCCACCAUCAUGACCUUCCUGGAGAACCACGGGAAGAACAUUCAGCUGUCCAAUCAGAACCUGACAGCCACGCGGGUCUCCAGUUACAACCAGGGCCUCCUGGUCACCGCACAGCCUCUCCCCCGGCAACAGUUGUUCCAGUUCCAGAUCGACCGCCUGAACCUGUCGUGGACCUCAUCUCUCUCGCUGGGGGUGAUUGGCCACUCCCCCGACCGACUGAACUUCCCAUCGACGGCGUGCUGUCUGAAGCGGUCGGCAUGGCUGCUGCAGCGCGACUCUGUCUUCCACAACUCUCUCAAGAUUUGUGAAAACUAUGGACCCAACCUGGACACAUGUCCUGAAGGCACAGCCCUGGGUCUCCUGGUGGAUGCUGCCGGCUGCCUCCACCUCUACGUCAAUGGCAUGGACCAGGGCGUGGCCGCUCAAGACAUCCCCACCCCCUGCUACCCCCUCAUCGACCUGUAUGGUCAGUGCGAGCAGGUUACCAUAGUGACAGAUGACGUGCCGGCGGUGGGAAGAGAACGUGGAGAGUCCUGUUGUCAGGGGGACAUGGAGAAAGCUGACAUGGUUGACGGAAUCAAAGAGAGCGUGUGCUGGACGCCUCCGCCUGAAGUGAACACCAACAAGACCUGCGAGUACCAGGCUCUGUGCUCCCGUUUUAAGGACCUGCUGACCCUGCCUGAUGGAUACUUUAGUGAGGAUGCCAAGUACAACCUGUGCUACAGCGAGUCUUGUCACAAGCUGCGGGGGGACGAAGCGUAUUACAAGCGGGGGGAGCCCCCCCGAGACUACGCCCUGCCCUUUGGCUGGUGCCGCUUUGCUCUCAGGAUCAAGCCCCACUGUGAGGUGUCCAACGCUCUGAAGAAGUGGCACAUCGCCUACCAUGGUACCAGCGUGGGUGCAUUGAGGCGUACCCUGGACCACAACCAGCUACUGUCAGGGACCUCGUCUAUAUUCUCGGUAGCGCAGACAAAGGCGGAGGGCCAGAGUGGUUACAGGAGCCCGGAGGAGAACAGCGCCCCCGAGAGGGAGGUGCCGAGGGUGCAGCUCUCUCCCACCAUGCGCUACUCUGGCCUGGAGACCUUUGCUCCAAAAGUGCAAUUCCGAGAUCCCCGAUCGCAGCGGUACCACCAGGCCCAGGUGGCCUUCCAGGUGUGCGUGAGGCCGGGAUCCUACAAGGUGGGCCCCCAGACUUCAGGACUGAGCGAGCCGCUGGACCCCCGCUUCAGCAACUCGGAGAUCGAGUGGAUCACCAAGGAAACAGGCGGAACUCUGCUCUACAGCCUCCUCAUCCACGUGGAGUGAGGUGGGAGCAGGUGGGGGGAUCUGAGUACUGUCGGUCACCUCAGAUGGCAACUACGUUCCAGCCCUCCUCUCACGGCACCCCAGUCACAGAGGACUUAUUGGGAAUUUUUGUUUAUUCUCUGCGUUAAGGGGGGUUGGUUUCAUAGAAGAGACACUGCCUGCACUUUAUGUUUUGGACACAAGUGGGCGAUUUUUAAACUUUCCAUGGAUCUAACACUAUCCCACCUCGCCUCUCAUUUUCCCCUCACUAACUUGCUUCCUUCCUGCCCAGAAACUACACUCGUUCAUUCUCAUUUUCUAUACCCACUCCCUCCACUUAUGGCUGCUUGUUUCCAUUAGAUGUACUUUUUUUUCCCCCUUAAAUCUUUUUUUCCACUCAGCUGUUCAAAAGAAAAACACAGACUUGACUGAAUCUGGACAGUUUUUUUUUUUUUUUUAACUAAUCAGGAACAGAAGCACUUGGAUGAUUUAAGGCGUUGAAUAGCACAACCACUUGGAGGAAACGUGGUUGAAAAGUGACUGAAGAGAAGCAGGUUGAGAUGGCACAGACAUCGUACACAGACGGGGUAUCUACACAUUAUCCCCUGGCCACUUUGAACAGAUCGCUGCACUUCUAUUCACCUUCUUCAUUUGAUUGCUGGUUCACACGCCUUCUGGUGUGAACCGCUGGCCACACAUCCAAAUGGUACAAACCCUCAAACGGCUCCUCUGGAUCAGUCUGUCGGUUGGGGCAGGAGGAGGACUUUGAGAAUUCUGAAACUUGACUCCUCGAACCUGGUCCCCAGAGGUUUGGCAUGGUUUGACGGUUCGGUUUUCCCCACAGUCCCCUUCACCACCUUCCCAGCUUCAGGAAUGGGAGGAGGGCUUGCCAAGCCCAUCUCUUUCACUGAGAUUUUAAUGCUACAAUCACAGCGGGACUGCGAUUCAGACUCCACGGCAUCACCCCCUCCCAUCUCCAUGGACGCCUUGCCGGCUUGUGCGGCAUUUGAUUAAUGAGCACAAGUACCCACUUUGAGAAAUGGGCGUUUUGGACCUGAGAUGGCCUGCAGGAAAGAGGCGGAGAGCAUAUCUGGCAGUUUUUGCAGAUAUGUCGCUUAGACUGUUCCCCAGGUAACCUCUGUAAGGCCUCUUGAGGCUUCUGGUCAGCUUGGAAAUCGAUCUACCUUAAAACAGCCCUCGAAUACUGGGAAGUAAAGAGUGACGUCAUGGGGGCCUUCAGUUACCAAAUGCCUUUUUUCCCCCAAAACUGGCAUUAAGGAUGGAAAGAAGAUUGUUGUGCUUUAGGGGUGUUAGAGGGCAAAAUGAAUCAGCAAAAUAUAUUUCCUGGUUACUCCUACCCCACUUGUCCGCUUCUGCCCCUAGUGAUGGAUAUGUGCUUGGUCCUGCUCCCUACUUUCAAAGGUUGCAUUGGAAUGAUUCAUAUCUGAUCAAACGAACCUGUCAAGGCACAAGCCUAGCAGGGAACGUCAAGCCACUUGUAAAAUAUGAUGCUAAAAUUUGAGUUAAACUCUGUAGGACUCCAUUUUACUUGACAAAUGUCGACGUAGAGAUAUUUCCAUUUCAGAAAGUUUGAUUGUAUCAGAACGUGUCAGUGUCGGCCUCCAAAGCAUUUACUAGGGGUAAAGUGAUUGACCCCCCCCCCCCCCCCCCCUUAUUUUUUGCCAAACUGAUGAACAUGAGCAUAUUUAUUUUUUCCCCCCCACACACACACAAACCCACGUUCUUGCCAAGAAGCUAUGCGAGUGACGUUGGUCCGUCCCACUGAGGAGGAAGCGGGGCCCCCGAAGUUGAACGUCGGCUUUAAUUUGCUGCACGAGGGUAAACGAAUGGAAAGGAAGGGCUCAUAAUGUCUAAUGGAAAAUGUGAAGACAUGGGGUUACUGAAGCCCAGUGCUGCUUUUCAAAUCAUUGUUUGUAUUUUUGUUUACGUUUUAUUUUACAGAAUGUAACAUAACAUGAAUCAUAUCUUCCUGAUUUGUAAAGAACAAAGAGAAUGGAUGCACAUUGUAUGUAUUUCAGUGCUGAAUGAUGAUUUUUUUUUUUAAGCCGCCUGUCCUUGUUUGUUGUCCAACCUGCAUCUCGCAUAAAGAAUCGGUUUUCAUAUUUAAACAAAAGAGAAAAAGAAAACGGUGUAAGUAUACAACCUGGAAAA